UUAAGAUUAAGGUAUAAUGUAUUCUAUAGAUAAUUUAGGAAAUAUUUAAAAUGCUUAUUAUACUGAUCUCAUUACGCUAAGAGCAGAAUCCUGAAUGGGUUUACUCAGAAGGAAGUCCCACGACACUGAGCGACACUUAUGCAAAAGUGCCUGCAGAGAGGUCUGUAGUCCUUCCACAGGACAGGCCCCUGAGUCAGCACAUGUGAGAUUAGAUGUACCCGAUGCCUGUGAAGAGCUACAGAAUCAGCCUGCAGGCCUGGAGGGAGUCUGCUGAAAGAGCCCAUCCCGGCCACCUCCCCUCUGCAGGAGAGAGGCCGGUAGCUUGAGGCCUGUGCCUCCCUCGCUCCCACACAGCACGAGCUCUGAUAGAAAGCAGGCAAGACGGGCCCCGGCCACCUCCUGAUGUGAAGAAGCUAGAAAGUUACAAGUCGGACAUCUCAAUCCACAGGAGGCACGCUGCCCACGCAUUUACAAUGAUCCCAGCGUCUCUCCAUGCUUCUCCAAGGAGCCUUGGAUGGUGCUUCUCGAGGAAUGCCACUCUGCCCUCCCCACAGCCCUGAGAGAGGGGCUGCACUGGGAGUGCACCGUGAGCUUGGUGCCUGGACAAGACUCUGAACCUUGGCUCCCCAGUCCCUAACCCUUGUGCAGUCAGGGCAAACUUCAGAGGCUUCCCUGAAACACUAAGCAAGAGCAGAAAGGGGCACUCAAAACUAAAAUGCAGUCUGGGUUGUCAAAAGGCUUAUUUUGUGAACUUUCUUCAGCAACCAAACAAGAAGGCAUCUCACUCUGUGACUACCGCUCGACCUGGGCUACCAUCUGGAAUGAAGGGGAAAAGACCUCUGUCAAGUGCAAAAGGAAGAUCGCACGAAAUGCCAAGUGCCGCUGAUGUUGCUGUCCCAGACUUCUCUCUUGCAAAGACCAUUGGGAAAAUUGCAGGACAACUUGAAGAAGGACACUUGCCUGAUCUAGAAGAUGACCUCCUUCCCAGUGGAGGAAGCGAAAUGGGAGCUGAAGCCCAGAUCCGGUUUUUAAAGGCAAAGCUGCGUGUUAUGCAGGAGGAGCUGGACGCAGUGGCUCAGGAAUGUGGCAGAAAGGAUGAUGAGAAUCGGAGUUUAACCAGCCGUCUCAAAGAGGUUGAAGACGAGCGUGGAAGGCUGCAGCGCACAGCAAAUCUACAGCAGUCUCAGACAGAAAAGUACAAAGCUAUGUCAGAGGAGGCAAACAGGAAAAGUGAUGGACUGCAGCAGAGGCUCUCCAUGCUAGAAAAGGACCUGGAGAAUCUGAAAAGGGCGCAAAAGCAGGCUUCAGCCAGCCAGGGUACAAUGGAAGUUCGUUUGAACAGAGCUCUUGAGGAAGCAGAGCGAUAUAAAACAGAGCUGAAUAAACUGAAGCAAAGUAACAAGGAUAUAGUCAACCAAGAACAUAAAAAGCUUGAAGAACUGAAAGUUGAAAACAAGAAGCUGGAGAAACAAAAAGAAGAACUGAUGGCUGGUUUCAAGAAACAAUUAAAACUAAUUGACAUUUUAAAGAGACAAAAGAUGCACAUUGAAUCAGCUAAGAUGCUUUCGUUCACUGAAGAGGAGUUUAUGAAAGCACUGGAAUGGGGAAAUUCUGCAUGAACAGCAAUAUGAAGAUGUGAAUUAUUAACAGUUAGCCCAAUGUUGGCUCAGGAUUACUAAUCCAUUUUUAAGCAUGUUAAGUCUUCUGAAAAACCAUAACUCAGUAAUAUAAAAUCUUUCCCCCCUUUCCCAUGGUAGUUCUGGCUAGCUGUUUCCUUCUUUCUUCAAAACUUAGCUAGGUAAGCGGAACUUUUUCUGACAGGAAUCUGUGUUGGCCUUCCAGAUUACCAAGAAUUGCUUGAACAUUUGCUGUACUUCACACAUUCCAUUGAAACCUAAGUAGUGCCCUUAAAUCGUACAGUUUGUUACAUGAGUAUCUUAACAAAGGAAUGUUGCUUUCCGAAUAAAGCAGUCCUUUUCUGAGA